CAAGUCAAUUUUGAUCACGCUCUUGGAAUCAAAACAUUAAAAUUGUGCGCUUCUUUGCUGUUUUUUCUGUUUCACAGAUGAGUUUCUAAUUUUUAAAAGAACUUUAAUUGAAAUUAAUAAAAAAAAACUGCAUUUUACCUAAAAUUCCAAUUUAAAUAACGUUUGUUAUCAGCCAUCAUGAAUAUUAUCCAAAAGAAGCUAUUUGUGAGUCAUUUCCCGGUUCUCAACGUUGUGCGACGAUUAGCACCGCUAUCUACAAAAACGGAACUUCUUCCUACUGCAACUGCUCAGCAGCAAUCGCGUCAAACAAAUCCUACCACAAACAGCAGUGAACGAAAGAGCAUUGUCCCUCCAGAGUAUCGCUUUGUCUAUCAGGAGUUCUUGCCCGAUCCAAAAAUUGAAUGGCGUAAUCCGAUACGAGAAAAACUAGAAAGAUUGGACAUGCUUGAUCGUCGGGCGAAUAUUGACAUUGCCGAGUUCUAUGUCGGAUCCGUUGUGGCUGUUACUAGUUCGGAUGUUCAUGCUGUCGGUAAAACGUCUCGUUUCCUUGGAAUUUGCAUCCUGAAAGAAAAGUGUGGCUUACGCGCCAGGUUCAUUCUACGGAACGUGAUCGAUAACCAGGGUAUGGAGGUCAUGUACGACAUGUACGAUCCGACGCUGCUGAAGGUAGAAGUGCUGCGAUUGGAGAAACGGUUGGACGAUCAUUUGCUUUAUUUGCGCGAUGCUCUGGAUGAGUAUAGCACGUUCAGCCUAAACAUGGAACCCGAUAUACUGCCCGAGGGAGCCCCGGUUCCGGUGAACGACAUCAAAGUAACGUUGAAACCGAGACCGUGGUACGCCCGUUGGGAGCGUCAUGAGCUGCGCGGGGUGGCGAACGUGGAAGAGCACACCAAUGAAAAGAAGCGUCUCAAGGCGGAACGGUUAGCUACACCCUGGGAAAAGUACGACUUGAUGAAGGAAUAUCGUAAGAGCAUUCCGGAGGAAGAGCAAAAGGAAAUCUUUGCUGAGGUGUACUCGCAGUUGCACCAGCUAGAGUUGUCUCGCAAAAAGAUGAAGAGGAAGCGUACCUUCGUCAAACCUACGAAAUUAGCAUAGUUCGGUGUUGUGUAGAUGAGUAUGAAGAAAUAUGAAACAUAUUGUUUUGGAUAAAAGCUAAUCAAUAAUAAACGUUUUCGUCCAAUA